CAGUAGCGGCUAAGUUCUGCUCAGCCCUCCCUACUCUCACUGGGCUGUGGGCUGGGGGCACCGUCCACGCGUCUCAGGCACCUGCCUCACUGGAGCUUCUCCUCUGCCAGGUCCUUGCUCACCUGCUGUUGGCUCCCUCGCACCUGGUCGCAGCGCCCCUAGUGGUCAUCACUGCUGGUCACCAACAUGCAGCCCUUCUUUCCCAUUGCUCAGGACCUCACCAGCCCUCUCUUUGGGACUUCCCCAUUCCUCCCCUUCAAGUUCCAGCUUCGCCGUGAGCCUGUGGACUGGAGGCGACUUCACGCCGUGGACGUGAGCCGCGUGGUCCGUGAGGUGGAUGUGGCCACCCUGCAGGAGCACGUGGCAGCCGUCACCUUCUGCAACCUGGACAGGGAGGUGUGCGCCCACUGCGGGCAGCCGGUGGACCCGGGGCUGCUCAAGGUGCUGCGCCUGGCCCAGCUCAGCAUCCAGUACCUGCUGCACUGCCAGGACUGCCUGAGCACUAGCACCGCCCAGCUGCAGGCACAGCUGCAGGCCAGCCUGGCUCAGCAGGAGCAGACACAGCAGGAGCUGCGGCGCCAGGCUGCGGAGCUGCAGGCCGUGAGGGAGGAGAGCCGGCGGCGACGCAGGAGCCUCAGCAUGCUGCAGCAGCUUCUGCAGACCGGCACCCCCAGUUCCCACACAUGCACCCUGUGCCAGAAGGCCUUUCUGAAUUCAACGUACCUCUGGAAACACAUCCAGAGGAGACAUCUCUAUUCAUCAGAGAAGGGAAAAGAGCAGGAACAGCCCAUGCAGAAAGUGAUAGAAGAAUUACAGGAGAAACUUAAGACCACUCAGGAUGAGCUGGAGGCCCAGAGAAGGGAGGCUGAGAGGCAUCUCCAGCAUCAGGAAGCGGAGAUUGCUCACCAGAAGGACACAGAAACUGAGAAAAAAAUUGCCGAGUGGAGAGCAAAGGAGGGUGCUGAGCUAUAUGAGGAACUGGAAAAGCUGAAGCAUUUAUUCUGGAGUGAGCUGCAGAAGAUUGCCAGCGACCAGUCUGCUCUAACAGGGAAAGUGCAGGCACUGCAGAAUCGCAGCAUGAAAGAGUCAAAUCUGGGGUCACCUGAGGAUGAUGACUCAGAAGAGCAACUCAGGCUGGAUGAGCAGCUUCAGACCCUGAAGGAGAAGGUGGGAAUCCAGAACAAGGAGUGGAAGAACAGAAUGAAGCAAUUGCAGGCUGACCAUGAAGCUGAGAAGAUGAAGUUGCAGAAGGAGAACAAAUGGCUCCGGGAGCAGAAGCAGUCGGCUGUCCAGUCCCAGCAGAAGAUCAACAGCCUCCACCUCCAAAUCCAGGAGCAAGCCAAGAUCAUCUCCUCCCAGGAACAGAAAAUCCUGGCCUUGUCCCCCAAAGGGAUGGAAGGGGAUGGUGGGAACAGAAAGGUUGUGGACUUAAAAGAGGAGUCUUCUGAGGAAGAGCUAGAAGACUCAAGGCCUGAACAGCAGAAGAUUCUGGAAAUGCAGAGACAAAAGCACAUCUUGAUGCAGCAGCUCAGGACAGUGAUGGAAGAGGAGCUUCUGGUGAAGCUGGAGAACCUAGGGAUACCAAGAGACGUGGGGGGCAUUUCCCCCAGUACCUUCAGCCACCUGGAGAGCCACCUGAAAGCCCUGCGGGAGCAAAAGGCAGCAAAGAAUCCUGAAUUGAAAACUCUUAGGGAACAGCUCAUCAAGAAAAUCACAAGAAGAGUUAAAGAAAUGAAGGAGAAUGAGGCUGGUGUGGUCAAAACCAAACUGAACCCACUGGUCACCGAAGAGUUGGAGCCAAAGGACAGAAUUCUCAGUAAGACAUUACCACCCAAGCUGACAGAGUCACCCAGGACAUGUCAUCAGAGCCAUGGCAGCCAUGGACCUGGCAUGGCCCUAGUGCCCAUUCCUACUCCCCGCUCCAGAACAUAUGGGCACUCUAGUGCCCCAGCCCUCUCAGAGUCUGGACUGAGGGACAAUACACCCCCAUUCAGUUCUGAAGAGGACCCAGUAGACUUCCUACAGAGUUUGUCUCUUCAGAGCCCUCGACAUCCUUCCUGGAAGUCUCCCAGGCUGAGCAGUGACUACAGGUCUGACUCUGAGAACUCAGACCUCAGUGCCCAAAAUGAUCGUCCUGGUAGGCAGGCAUCCACUGGAACACGGCUUCACUCAGUGCCCCCACACCAUGACAAAGAUGUGAGCUUCCCAGUGGCAAAGCCAGACGGUCACCCUAUCUUUGUGAAGCCCAAGUCUCUAAAGCCACCGAGGGCAGCUACACUGAGAAAGUUUGCUCAGCUUUCAGAUGAAAGUGAUUCUGACAUUUCUUUGGAAGAUCUCCUGGAGGACCAGCUCAAGGGCAAGAAGCCCUCAACUUACUCAGAGUUCCCAGGGAAGUUUGGGGCUGAGCUCUGAAGCCCCACACACCCUGGUCCUGGCUGUUCUUCAGCCCCCAGAGACUGGUGACUUUGGCACAAGGCAGGGGUGACUCAGGGCCCAGAGCACAACAGGGUCACUGGGUCAGUGCACACCCCUUCCCACACUGAACAGACUUGUCUGUGUGCACUAGAAUGUGUCAUGGAUGCCAUAUAUAGAUGUGUAGAUCAAUCUCCUCCAGUCUCUGCACUGUUGAGAUGAACAUGCUCCAAGGUUGGUGAAAAAGCUGUGGGACAGCACACUGCUUUGCCAUGUGUGUGACCCAGGUCUGAGCUCAGCUCCCCUGCAUUGGAGGAAGCUUCAGGGCUGGGGUCUCUCUCUCUCUCUCUCUCUCUCUCUCUCUGAUUCAGUACCUCUCUCGGACAAAAAGAAAUGAAAACAAAUAUAAACAGUUCUCAAAAGGAGGCACUCUUGAUACUCUUAGGUCUCUGCCAACCCCCUUCCAAAAUGUCAUCUCAUGGCCUCUACACAUAUUUGCACCUUUGUUUCUAAAAUCUAGUUCACUUUCAAAAUAACCAUUAUGACACCAACACACUUGCAUGCACACACACACACACACACACACACACACACACACACACAUACACACACGGACACACACACGUGCACACACACAUACACCCCAAAAGGCUGGAGCAAUAGCUCACUUGGAUAGUGGGCUGCUUUGCCAUGUGCAUGACCCAGGUUUGAGCCUGGCCUCUACCACAUUGGAGGAAACUCUAUGCUGUGAUCUCUUUCACUCUUUCCCUGCCUUUCUGUUCCUGAAUAAAAAAAAAAAAGAAAAUUUUGCUUUAAACUAUUUUCAUGAAUUUAUUUAUUUUGUAUAUGGACAGAGAGAAAUGAAGAAGCAAUGGGAGAUAGAAUGGAGAGAGAAGGAAAGAUACCUGCAACACUACUACGCCACUCAUGAUGCUUCCCGGCUCUAGGUGGGGACUGGGAGCUUGAAGUCAGGGCUUUCUUUGUACAUGGUAAUGUGUGAACUCAAUUGGUUGUACCACAGCCUAGUCCUGAAAAAAAAUUCUAAACAAAUCUAGUAUAUCGUCAGUCUUCAUUGUCCUCUGUUUUGCUAAACAGCUUUAAGUCUCACCUAUAGCUUCCUCGUCCACUGACUCCCCUUUCCUCCUUUUCUCUCUCCCCGCCUUCCUCCUCUUCACUUCCACAAGGGUAGCUGUGAGCCACCCUCUCUGAGAGGAAAUCCCUUUCUUCUUCCCCAGUCCUGGUCAGGGACCCUUUUCUCCUGAGCUUCCUGCCACGCUCUGCAGGGGAGAGAGGUUUCCAGGCCUUUGAGUCAAAGAUGCUCCUCCACACCUCAUCCCCAAGCUAUGGCCCAUCACAAAUGCAGUGACCUCUGUCAAAGGGGCAGAGUUAGCUCUCCCAGUGGGCCACUUACAGAGCCAGUGGGCUCAGGUCUCGCUAUGCUCAGCCUGGGGCUGGCGGCCACUGCUGUGUUCUGGGAGUGCAGUGAAAGUGGGGGCGGGGUAGACAUGUGGGGGCCUGGAGCACCUGCUCCUCAUGUCUGUCCACCAGGCCCUGCAGGGUGCAGAACACUCGGAGUCGCUGCGUGUCCUCCUGUGAGAGUUCACUGCAGCUCAGGGCCCCCAUGUGUAGAGAGAGUGUCCUCCUGCAGGGCUGUUAGGAGGAAGUGCACUUGACAAGCACCCACGUCCACCUCGUUGGGAAUUCCACAAAGAGUCCAGCUUCAGAGCCCUGAGAACUAGUACAGCGGAUGAAGUGUUGGGCUCUCAGGCAUAAGGUCCAGAGUUUG